AUGUCAUCGUCCGGUAAAGACAACAGCGGUGCCCAACAUGCCAAUUACGUGGGACCUUACCGUUUGGAGAAGACGCUGGGGAAAGGACAGACAGGGUUGGUCAAACUUGGGGUCCACUGUGUAACAUGUCAGAAAGUCGCCAUAAAGAUUGUCAACCGAGAGAAGCUCAGCGAGUCAGUACUAAUGAAGGUGGAGCGGGAAAUAGCGAUUCUGAAGCUCAUAGAACACCCACACGUUUUAAAGCUACAUGACGUCUAUGAAAACAAAAAGUACUUGUACUUGGUGCUAGAACAUGUAUCAGGAGGGGAGCUCUUUGACUACCUGGUGAAGAAAGGCAGACUGACACCAAAAGAAGCCAGGAAGUUCUUCAGACAGAUCAUGUCCGCCCUCGACUUCUGCCACAGUCACUCCAUAUGCCACCGGGACCUGAAACCAGAAAACCUGUUGCUAGAUGAAAAGAACAACAUCAGGAUAGCAGACUUUGGCAUGGCAUCCCUUCAGGUUGGAGACAGUCUCUUGGAAACCAGCUGUGGAUCUCCACACUACGCCUGUCCAGAAGUCAUCAGGGGGGAGAAGUACGACGGGAGGAAAGCAGACGUGUGGAGCUGUGGAGUCAUUCUGUUUGCCCUCUUGGUGGGAGCUUUGCCGUUCGAUGAUGACAACUUGAGAAAUCUUCUGGAGAAGGUGAAGCUGGGGGUUUUUCACAUGCCACACUUCAUCCCUCCAGACUGCCAGAACCUGCUCAGGGGCAUGAUCGAAGUGGAUGCCUCCAAACGGCUAACGCUCGAGCAGAUCCAGAAGCACACGUGGUACAUAGGGGGCAAGAAUGAACCAGAACCGGAGCAGCCCGUGCCCAGGAAGGUGACCAUCCGAAGCCUCCCUUCAUCGGACGACAUCGACCCAGAUGUUUUGGACAGCAUGCACUCACUGGGCUGUUUCAGGGACAAGAACAAACUGCUGAAAGACCUCCUCUCUGACAGUGACAACCAGGAAAAGAUGAUCUAUUUCCUUCUGCUGGACCGUAAGGAGAGGUAUCCCAGUCAGGAGGACCAGAAUCUGCCACCACGCAAUGAAGUUGAUCCACCAAAGAAGAGAGUGGACAGCCCCAUGUUGAAUCGCCACGGGAAGAGGAGACCAGAGAGGAAGUCUAUGGAGGUGCUGAGUGUUACGGAUGGGGGCUCGCCUGUUCCUGCCAGGAGGGCCAUUGAUAUGACACAGCAUGGACAGAGGUCACGGUCCAUUAGCGGGGCCUCCUCCGGUCUGUCCACCAGCCCUCUCAGUAGCCCACGGGUCACCCCGCACCCUUCCCCUCGAGGAAGCCCCCUCCCCACACCCAAGGGGACCCCGGUGCACACGCCCAAGGACAGCCCGUCCGGGACCCCCACCCCCACACCGCCCCCCAGCCCGUCCAUCGGAGGAUUGCCCUGGAGGACGCGCCUCAACACCAUCAAGAACAGCUUUUUGGGAUCGCCACGCUUCCACCGCAGAAAGCUGCAAGUUCCCACACAAGAGGAGAUGUCCAGCCUCACUCCAGAGUCUUCCCCAGAGCUUGCCAAAAAAUCCUGGUUCGGUAACUUCAUCAACCUGGAAAAAGAAGAGCAGAUCUUCAUCGUCAUCAGGGACAAGCCCCUCAGCUCCAUCAAGGCGGACAUCGUUCAGGCCUUCCUAUCGAUCCCGAGCCUGAGCCACAGCGUCAUCUCCCAGACCAGUUUCCGGGCAGAGUACAAGUCCACGGCGGGUCCCACGGUUUUCCAGAAGCCCGUCAAGUUCCAAGUGGACAUCACCUACACGGAGAGCACAGCCGCCACCAAGGAGAACGGCAUCUACUCAGUCACGUUCAUCCUUCUUUCAGGGCCCAGUCGGCGUUUUAAGCGAGUAGUGGAGUCCAUUCAGAGCCAGUUGUUAAGCACGCAUGACCAGCCUGGGGUCCAACAGCUAACUGGCAGCCCAUUGAGUCACUUCUUUGACGUAAUUAAACAACUCUUUUCAGACGAGAAGAACGGCCAGGUGCCCUCCUACGCCCCCAAGCACUGCCCCUCACCCGCGCUGGUCCGGAGACUCCCCGAUCACGAAAACAAUGACGCUAAAUGCCCCCGGGCUAAGCUAUCCGUGGCAUCCGUCGGCACGCAGGAUGAAUCAUAG